CCUCCCUUCCCCCCAUACCCCCUCCGACCGCACGAAACAUCGCUCAUGACCUUCCGCGACGCGAAAGUCGAUGUACCGACGUGGCCUCGUCGCCGCACUGUCCUUCGUCGCUCGACGGACGCGGGGAGGGAGGGAGGGAAGAGGGGAGGCUGAAGAAGCGUUAGCCGCGCACGCAGAGGGGGGUAAGGGCACCUGUACAGCUCCCGACCGUCUCCGAAAUCCUUCGCUCGCGCUCGAACCCGCUCGGAGAGCUCAACGCCGAUAGGCGCCGUCGCGCGCCCGGGCGGAAGCGCGCUCUCCCCCCCCCUCCUCCCUCCCUACCCAAUGGCGCCUCCGACCCUCCCUCCCUUCUCCCCAUCGUCAACUCACUCAUCCGCGUCGUCUUCCUGCGUCUCAAGCCCCGUCCCCGCGAGCUUUCCUGUUUUUCCCCACCCUCCCUUCGCACCCCUCCCUACCCCCCUCCAUCCCUCCCCUCGCAAGCGCACCACCCGCGGCGACAACGGCCGAGAGCAGAGGGGCACGUCUCGACGUCGUACGUCAUUUUACUCCUUCUCCUUCACAGCCGACCUACGAGUUCGUCAGCCACGAGAUAUCAAGCGCGAAGGAAGAGGGAAAGUGCCCUCCCCCCACCCCCCACCCCUCUGCCGUCGCGCACCUCUCCCCGGUUUCCCAGGCUUUGGAGUCGCGUGCAGAGGGUGCGCGUCGUCGUCUUUGGGUGCGGGGUGAAGGGAAUGUGGGAGAGUCAAGGGGGCCUCUUCGCGCUCGUCGUCGAGGGGACUCGCCCGUGGCUCCGGGGACUUGAGGUCGACAUCAAAUCAUCCUCGAAGGUGCCCCGCGCGCAUCUCCGACGGUUCGCCUUCGCGGAAAGAAUGGU